AUGUUCCAUGGCAACCCCGUGUUCGAAAAUGUCAGCCGGCGAGCGGCAACCGAAAUGCUUGGCGCAGUCAUCACCCUCUUCUUUUCCCUCAAAAUCUUUCCAGAUGUUGAAGAGUUUGCGUGCGAUAAGAAGAUCUUUCAAAUGAUAGAAAAUUAUGUGAGAGAGCCGCUCAAGAAGGCCCCAUUGCUGGCUAUCAGAGGCUUGGAUCGAUCCGAUCCCAUUCCGUGGAACGUUGUCCGUCGGCUAGCUAAUGUCACGCCCACGAAACAUCUUUUACUCGAGGGAUGGCUUAGUGAUCUUCCCGAACAGGAGGGAGAGGGUCUUAGGGAUUAUUCAGACAUUACCUUCAACAAGAUAAACCUGGGCCGCACUCUCAUCAAGUACCUAAUCGACUUUUCGGUUGCCAAACUCUCAGCAUUGAGAUACAUCGGGGAGGACUGUACUAAGAAGGGCAGGGAAUGGAAGGACCCUCUGCAAUUCGUUUUUGACCUUUCUUCUCAAGGAGAAUGCUUGGAAACGUUAUGCAUUGGCUUGUCCAGACCUUCAAUCGGAUACAUGAGCGGUCCUCGCCUCCCUCACAUGGGCAUGUUGAAGAAGUUGACACACCUCUGGAUUGAUUCUGACAGUACCGUGCAGCGAUGGCAAGCUCUAGACAUCAUGGAAUUCUUUUGGCGAUUGGAUCCUCAGCCAAACGACACUUCCCCGCUAUUUGGUAACCCGCCCAACUUGGUUGAUCUUCGCGUCAUAGGCCAUCCAGACGACGUCAGACGAUGGGUCGACCAUGUGCGCGGUUAUGUGCUUGACCCUGACUCAAAGGUGUGGGAAACUCUAAAGAAGAUUGGCAUCAGAGAUGCGACUCGAUUGGAAAGAUACAAUAAGGAUUUGGCUGGGAAGAUUGAUUUCUAUCUCAUAGGCGAAGAUGAGGACAUCAAGCUCUGGAGAAUCGGAGGCCAUACCAGACGACGCCAAUUCUGGGAAGUUGUCAUCGAGGAGUAA